AUGUCUACCAAAGCAGGAAGUGAAGACUUUAGCGAUGAAGCUGCAACGAUAGAAAACUUUGAAAGUUCGGUUGUGGCCAAGGACGGGAGUACCGAAUCCUCUGCGGAUCUUGUCACCACAGAUAAAUCUCAAAUGUCAAAAGUCCCACAGAAUCACUACGAACCAAGCUCUGCCGGAUCUGUGAUCGAAGCAGAGGACGGCUUUGGUGGGACACUUUUGAUAAGAAUUCAGAAUAUUGCAUCAACAACAAAUUUCGGUUGUCGACUGGACCUAAAGAAGAUCGCGUUGAAAUGGUAA